AUGAAAGAAACAGGGAUACACACAUCUCUAUCUUGGAGCUGUCAGGCUAGUCCUCUCAUAUUAUGGCAUGAUGGGUUUACCAGUUACGGCCCGUAUGUCACUUUUGGACACCAGAUCACUGGAGCAAACCAAGUGACUGAUGCUCUUUCUGCGACCCUGCACCACCAGAUUAUCUACAGACUGCAGGACCAUGCCUUUAAUCUACAAAUCCCAGGCUUCCAAGCCUCCUCUGAUGCUUUGUUUAUUAUGGUUGACUCUGGCCAAAUUCCUACAAUAGUCCAGGCUCCACGACAGCUGGAAAGAGAAGAUCUGCAAAAGUUAAUCCCAACUGAAUGGGUGACCAAUUAUGAGAAACUCCAGGCAUCUCAAGCCAAGCCUGUUCAGGGUACUGACCCUCUUUUUGUCACCCAAAAGGAUGGUACUGUGAAAAUAAUUUUCACAAAAAUAGAAGAAUCUUCUUCUGCUCCUUCUAUCUUCCAGGCAUCGAUGAUACAGCCUGUGUCCAGACCUAGAGAAAAGAUUCCUAUUCAUUCUUUUCAGUCCUCUGGGCAUCAUAUUUAUACUGCUAGGAUUAAGGGACACUUCAUCUAG